UUAAAAAUGGUCGCCAAUCUUGUACAGACAUGCAGAAUAUAAGAAUAUUUUUUCUGUCACUAUCAAGAAAAGUACAGACGAACAAUUUAAAUCAUAUCCCAACAAUCAAAUCAAUUUAGUUUUACAAAUGCUGUUAUUUUUGGAUUCUUUCGUAACAAAAGAUUUGUCCACAGACAUUUGACAUCAUGUGUGAUGGAUCAGGUGAACUCCAGUACAGUCCACCAAUUGCACCCACAAGCCAGACCAUUCAUGGAACAGUCCAAAAAAUUAUACAAGAGGGCAAUAAAAAGACUUACGUAAUUGUCAUCAAACCAAACAAUGAAAGUAAUAAUAAACCCCAGAAGAAACCAGCAUCAAGGCCUCAAUUUACAAAAUUAAAUCCGGCCAGCUCUGAUAUUGUUAAACAGAACUUGAGUAAUAUAACAGAUGAUGACUAUGACAGUAAAAAUUCAGCAGCAAAUCUAUUUCUGAAUGAUGACGAUGAUGGAACAGCUUGGCAAGAUGAUGGAGAAUUUGCUAACUUUUGUCGAAAAAAGCCGAACGAUGACCUUGACUCUAACCGCAGAAUUGAUAGCACUGCAUCCAUUGCUGACGUACAUAUAUCAAAUGACAGUGGUUUUAUUGCCACUCCUCCAAACUUACAGUUCAUGUCAAACAAGUCAACAGCUCGACAAAUUAUGAUGGACUCCCCGGAAUUCCAAACCACUCCAGAACAGCAAAGGAUUUGUUCAGUAAUUGGCAAACUUGAUGAUGGAUUUAAACCAUCACCCCUGGCAUCAUCAACACCUAUAAAUUCUGCUCUACCAUCAGAACGUUUUGCGUCUCCAGAUUCUGGGAUUUAUUCUGCAUCCUCAUCCAUGCUGUCUCCUACUAUUUCUACCCCAGAUGGUAUUCGACCAACUGAAAUUCUUAUUACCAAAUUAAUAGAAAGACCAGCAUUAAAUAAUCAUUCUGAUGAUAUCGGUUCUAGUCAAGAAGAAGGAGGUGAAGAUAAAUUAAAUACAUCUUUAGCUAAUAUACAAUGGUUGGGUGGAUUUGUUCUAGAGAAAGAAGAAAAGAAAGAACAUAGACCUCAUGUUGUCAACAGAAUGAGUGUAGAGGAUAAAUGUAGAAGAAAACCAUUUGAAUUAGAUGAAAUAGAUAGGCUUUGUCGAGAUUGUGGUCAUGAACAAAGACCUCCAUAUUCUUACAUGGUAUUAAUACAGCUGGCUUUAAGUAGUGCAUCAGAUCACAAGAUGACCCUAAAGGAAAUUUGUAAAUGGAUUGAAGACAAAUUUGAAUACUUUAAAUCAAUUGCGAAACCGGGAUGGAAAAAUUCAAUCAGACAUAAUUUAUCUUUCUAUCACUGUUUUGUUCGUGAUUUGUCCAACCAGAAAAAACAUGGUUCCAAAUGGAUGCUCCAGUUUGAUCCAGUUGAAUCACAUCACAGAGAUCCUCUUUCAGAACGAGUUGUUACAUCACAGGCAUCAAAUACUAGAACACUACCAACCAGCAUGCCCCAAACAGUUAUUCCUUUUGUACCAGUAUUCAGUUCUAUACCUCAGAAUAACCUCAUGCCCAUACCUCAGAAUAACAUCAUGUUUCCAUCUUUAUCACAAUAUCCCGUCCACCAUCAACAGCAGAAAACUGCUCCUCAGAAAAAUCAUACAGUACUUCAGAAUAUGGGCACUGGUGGUCUUCACAACAAAAAGAGAAAAAAUUCAGGUCCAUUGCCAAUAUUACCUCGUCCUGCAUCUCUUCAAACCUACGCAUUAGUUCCGUUACAGAAUGUACAACAACAGCAUGGAAACAAUCUACCCACAAUCCCAUCUUCAAACCGUCCAAUUCUAGUGAAUAUUCCUAAUAAUCCAUUUACUCAAAACAUUCCGCUUCACUCAAAUGUCCAGCCUGUGCAGAAUCAACACACAGCCAACAUAUUACAACAAUCCAAAAAGUCAAAUACAAUUUCUUCAAACGAGCCUGUGAGUUUAGUUCGUCAAGCAUGGAUAGAUGCUCAGUGCUGCAUGUCAGAAGACGACCGAGAAGAGCCAAAUAUGGCUGUGCCUUUCCAAGAAAGACCUGCCUUUUCUAAUACAGAAAACAAAAAUAAUGAAGUCAUUGUUCAACAUGCUAAAAAACAGAAGGUGAAAGCUGGUCUUCCCGUUCCUACGAUAUAUACUAAUAACAAUCUACGCAAAACUAAGAGAACAAAAAGCCGUAUUAAGAGUAAUUCUAAUCAUACAUCUAGUGAGAGAAACUUAUUAGACAGUUCCGAUUCGGAAUGCGAUAGUGAAGAUGAUAAAAUAAGUGAUCUUCCGACACCUAUACGACAAUUAUUUAGUGACACUCCCAGUAUGAAAAAUAAUAUAUCUACGUCGACGCCUGUAAGACAUGCAGUGACAUCGAUUGAACAGUUGCCGUCGCCCAUUAGAGGUUUUACACCAGUUCGUUGUGGUAAUAUAUUUGAUGGUAGUUUCCUAGAUAUGAUUCAGGAAGAAGUUUUUGCAUCUUUAGCCGGCUCACCAAACGCAGUCGCCAACAAUCUGGUGAAUCAAGAUUCACCAAAUGUUUCUUUGUCCGAUUUCGGUUUAUUUCGCACUCCACCAGACAAAAAAUCGGGCAGAUCUCCACAAGAGUCAAAUCAUUCUCAUGGACAGAGUUUGUGUCGAUUUUUAGCAGAUUUUCCAAUAGAUUCAAAUAUCAUAGCAGAGGCUGGAGGUAUUUCAGAGGACUUGUCCUUGAAUUUAAAUUGGAGUAAUAACCAUGGAGAAGGCACAGAAGAUCUGAAUUCAAAAUAACUUUCUGUAAAAUCUAUUUAUUGUAAAUGCAGGACUAUCUUUUAAUAUAUUUCAGGGAUGUAGAUAAGAUUCUGAAUUCAUAGGAAAAAAAGAGUAAAAAAAGAUCUUUAGACGGCCCCAAUUUGAAUAUUAGUUCUGUGUGAAUACUGUUAAAAGUUUGUCUUUCUAUUUCUUGGAGUAGAAAAAAAAUAAUACUUGGUUCCUCUUCUCAAAAGUUCUUAAAUCUUAGCUCCAGAUGCUUAAAGAAUUAAAUGCCAAUUAUGAAAAUCUUGAAGGAUUAUCUAUAUAUCAAAUUGGUUAGGUCUUAUCAUCGGGAAAUUAAGUAGAAACAAUCAUUUUUCAGCCUCCGGACUAUUAUUGAUGAUGAGCAUUUUCUGUUUAGGCUAGGCAGAGAAAAAGCUAUUUGAUAUGUCAAUGCUUUAGGACAUAACUUUGAUUCUGAUAGAGUGACAUUUGGCAUAUACAUGUACAUUCAUUGCCUGAAUACUUUGACAGUAUCAAAUGAACAUUGUCUGAUAAGAUAAGAAAUUUGAUUGCUCAAUGCUUUAUAAAAUGUGCAAGAUGUGUGUCACAUUUUGGGAUUGCAGUGGGUGACAUCAAAAUUCUCCUACUUUUAAACAAUCUUUAACAUGUAUUUUACUCAAUCUGAUUAAAACACAGAUCCUAUUUCGUUUCAUUUUUUAUAGUUCAAAAUUUCGUUUUACUUGUCUUUACUACACUUGGAUCUGGAAGAGUUGUUAUCAUUGACGUGUUCUGGAUGAUGUGAGGGUUUAGGCAAUGAAACAGUCUGUUACAGCGAGCUUUCGGCGUGUGGUGCACGGAACUGUGUGUAAUCCACUAGUAACACCAAUGCUGAUAGGCUAAUCAGAUGCCUGACGUCAUAGGGUCAAAAGCCGCUCGUAUGACAUGACUCGACCCAUCACUACAACUGGUCAGAUCUUCAUGUAGUGUAGGCCAUCAAAAGUAUAAAAAAAAACGAAAAGAAAUAUAGAUCUGUAUUUUAAUCAGAUUGGUAUUUUACUAUGGUAGACCUCUUACUCAUGGCUGUGUAUUAUUACAAAAUUUACUAAAAAUUUACCUGCAAGAUUGGCUGUUUAUAAAUGUUGUAUAAAUUAAUGGAGUCAUUUUAGAUUUCUAUACCUUUAAUUCAAAUAUAAUCUUCGUGUGAUAUGACUAUUUGUUAUUUGACUUGUUGAGUAUUUGUCGUAAGUAAAUAUUAAGGCUGAUGUCCAUCAAACAUGACAACCACAAUUAAGCAGUGCAGAAUUAGAAAUUGAAACCACUUGAGAGAAUAUGAUAGUCUCUGGAACUAUAUCCAGCGAGCACCAUAUACAUCAAACUAAACUAUGAAAUCUUUAGUAUGACCUGAAUACAAAUCAGUUUUGAUAAUAUAUAAAGGAAUUUCUAUUUUGUGCGUAUGCUAUGCAUGGCACAUCCUGUAUACACUGAGAACUGCAUUUAGUAGAUGGAGUUGCUAUAGGGUUUGUUUUUUUGUGCUUUUUGGACAUUGACUAUGACUGUGUUAUUGAGCAUUCAUUUAGUUUUUGUUGACUGUUUCCAUUUUUGUUUUCAAACAUAUCUGUGAUGCAUUUCAUAUCCCUUGUGUGUAAGGCCUUGAUUAAAAGAAAUUUGUUUGCCAAUUAAUUUCUGUUAGAUUCGGUGUUUCAAGGAAGUAACCUAAAAAUGUUGCAAUCAACUUAUUUUAAUUAAGGCCUCAUGUAUUCAUGUAAAAUUGAAUGAUAUUAAUUAGUGUGAAGAAUUAAAUACAUUUAUUUAUUUUAUGAUGAAAAGAUUGUACAUUGAAGAUUCUGAAUGAAAUAGAAUAAUAUAUAUAUAUAUAUGUAUGUACACCAUAUUUGGAAAACCUGUGAUGUUAAAGGGAUGUUGCCAGAUUUUACUUUGGGUUUGGUAGAUGCGUACUUCGGUGGGUAGGGCGCUGGCUCACUAACCUGGUAGUAGCAGUUCGAUCACGGUGGAAAUCAAAAUUAUUUUCAGUGUGACAGAAAUCAAUUAUGUAAUAUUUAAAGAUCCUCAAAUCUUAAGUUUUAAAUGGCAUUUAGAAGCUGGUAAUUUCAGAAUGGCCUUUGUACGAUGGUUGUGCAUUUUAAAAUGAUCUUUUGAAUCAUAUGUUAAUUGAAUCUGGCAAUGUCUCUUGAAGGAGAGAUUUGAACUAUGCAUGAUUUUAACACCAGAGCAAUCAAAUCUUGUUUUCUUGUUUUGUUUAGAUUUGUUGUUUUAGAAUGAAUCUGAAUUUUUUUAAAAUUUCUAUGAACAGAAUUAAUUACUAAAAGUGAAAAUAAAGACCCUGUACCUUGGUUGUAAGAUGUGUGUUUUUAUAUAGAUUAUAAAGACUAUAAAUAAACUUGUUGUCAAAACAUUGAAAUAGCUAGUACUAGAAACAAAUAAAAACAUACAAUA